AUGUUUUCGUCGUUGAAAGAAACGGACGAAAGCUCCCGAGAUUCGGGUUUCGGUGAGAUGGACUGUGAUAGUAUGCCCGUGGAUUUCGCCCAUCCAUCUCUUUCAAAAAAAUCGUCAUUCCAAUUCAAAAAUAUGGACAUGGAAAUGGACGAUCUAGUCAUCGAAGAAUCGUUAUCGAUUCAAACCACAAAUAUGAUUUGUUCGAAAAAAGAAGAACUUGAAGUGAAAACGGUACUUAGCAACAUGAGAUCACUACGUAAAGGACUGGCUGAUGUUACGAAUAGCCCGAGAAUUUCUCAAACGGAAUCGCCGAAAUCGCGAAAAUCGGUAUUCGCCAAGCCGCAAUGCCGUGCGAUGAGCAUGCACAACAAUCGUAAAAGGGCUUUGAAGUCCAGUUUUCUGGAGUACAAACGGAAUCGAGUCGAAGAGACCAUCGAGGAGCAUGAGAAUGUUCCGAGCUGUUCCGCAGCAGCCCCACGGCCGGUGGCACGGACUUCCAUGAUGUUCAGAGUUCAGUCGUCGUCCGUGCUUGAAGUCGGCCAUAAUUCUCCUCAUUUCCUUGAAGUGAAAUACCACCUGGAAACCGUCACUACGAACGAUUCGAAAGCGUUCCGCCGUAUUGAUGCACGGACGCUUUCACGACUGAUGAAAUCGAUGAGUAGUCAGGAAUUCGCCGAGAAGUACGUACUGGUCGAUUGCCGUUAUCCGUACGAGUUCAACGGGGGCCAUAUAAAGGGCGCCAUCAACGUCUAUGACACGACAAAAUGCGAGGAGGUGUUCUAUCCGUCCAACUCGCUGCAUCGUGCUGAGAUUCAAGGCCGGAUACCGAUCUUUUACUGCGAGUACAGCCAAAAGCGGGGUCCUUCGAUGGCCCAAACGUUGCGAAGUGUCGAUCGACAACGAAAUGUCGACGUUUAUCCAAAAGUGGAUUUCCCAGAGAUUUACGUCGUCGACAAGGGAUAUCGCAACUUUUUCGAGACAUUCGCAGAUUCAUCGCCGGACAAGGUUGGCCCAUGCCUUCCAUUUUCGCAUUUGUUUGAGCCAUGCAGCUAUGUGGAAAUGUUCGAUUGCCGUUUUGCUCAUCACCUCAAACAGUACAAUUUCCACAAAAAGAGCUGGGGGAACUCGACAUGCUCGAAGAACGUAUCGUAA